GCCUUAUCCAAUAUGGCUUCCCUAAGCUGCCGCAACAUCACCCGGUUAUUUCAUCGUAUACGGCUUUACAGAAAUUAUACCACAAAUAUUUCACGACAGUUCAUUCAAUACGGAAUUCGGCACAGUUCAAGUAGCCUACAAAAUGCAGCAACUAAGAUUCAAACCACAGGAAUAUUGCGUGGAAAUAGUCAGAGAAUGCCUCUUAGUUGGAAGGAGAAGAAAUACUUCCAUUCAUCCUCAACCUUUUACUCUGAGAACUACAUAAUAGUGAAUACACCACCAUUUGCAGAGUCAGUUACAGAGGGAGAUGUCAGAUGGGAUAAAGCUGUUGGAGAUACUGUUGCUGAAGAUGAAGUUGUUGGAGAAAUAGAAACAGACAAGACCAGUAUACCAGUUAGUGCCCCUUCAGCUGGAACAAUUGUAGAGUUCUUUGUCAAUGAUGGUGAUAAAGUGGAGAAAGGUCAACAGCUGUUUAAACUUGCUCUUACAGGGGACACCCCUCCAAAGGAGACAACAGCAGAAAGUAAACCUGCAGCCGAGAGUCCAGCACCACCAACUGAGGAACCAGCUGCACCAGCUUUUAAGAUCCCUACCUCUCCUCCCCCAGCUCCUGAAGUACCAACUCAACCAAUCACAGAAGUUAAACCAGGGCCCCCUACCCCUCCCCCACAGCUAACAGGUGCUCUGCCAGCAGACGGUCUACCCAGUGGAGCUCGCUCUGAACAUAAGGCAAGGAUGACAAGAAUGCGUCAAAGGAUUGCUCAAAGACUCAAGGAUUCACAGAACACUUAUGCAAUGUUGACAACAUUUAAUGAAGUUGAUAUGAGUCAUGUCUCAGAGAUGCGGAAAAAGCACAAAGAUGCAUUUGUUAAGAAGCAUGGUGUCAAACUAGGCUUCAUGUCUGCCUUUAUAAAAGCUUCUGCCCAUGCCCUGCAGAGUGAGCCAACAGUGAAUGCUGUGAUUGAAAACAGCGAGAUUGUGUACAGAGAUUACGUGGAUAUAAGCGUUGCGGUAGCCACGCCCAAGGGACUUGUUGUGCCAGUCAUUAGAAACGUAGAAGAAAUGAACUACGCCGACAUCGAAAAAGCGAUCAAUGCGAUGGGAGAGAAGGCUCGAACAAACGAACUGGCCAUCGAAGACAUGGAUGGAGGAACAUUCACCAUCUCCAAUGGCGGAGUGUUUGGUUCCAUGAUGGGCACACCCAUUAUAAACCCGCCCCAGUCUGCCAUCCUGGGCAUGCACGCCAUUGUUGACCGACCGGUGGCUGUAAAUGGAAAGGUUGAGAUCCGUCCCAUGAUGUACUUAGCCCUCACUUAUGACCAUCGUUUAAUCGACGGUAGAGAAGCAGUAACAUUCCUCAGGAAGAUCAAAGCUUCUGUAGAGGAUCCUCACACUUUACUCUUAGACUUGUGAUCCCCUGGCUGAUCAUGCUGGGAAAUUUAUAGUGGACUGGACACUCACCAGUUUUAGUUAAUGUCAAGUUUACGGUCAGCCUUGGUCAGAGGAAUCUUUAUGAACGUCAGUGUUGUCACCUGUACUCGAUCGAUGUGGAAGAAGAAAAAUAGUGUUAUUGAUGGGUUUUUUAAAUUGAUGUUCAUAAUUUUGUGCGACUGUUCUAUUCAAUCAAACAGUUUUGAACGCAAAAUACGACCCUGUUCUGACUAGUGUCCUUCGCAGCCGUUGUUUGGUCUCGUCACGAAACGCGCUCUCAGUUCCUCAGAUAGGGAGAGAGUACGUGUAGUGACGAGACCAAACAUCGUCUGCGAAGGAGACUAUGUUCUUACCAAAUGAUGUAAAGUUUGCCAUUUACCAGAGAGGAGUAACGUUUGCUGAAUUGUCUCUUGAAAUUGUUUAUCUGUCAUUUUUUAGUGAUGUCAAAUAAAAAUCCACCUAAAACUUCUGGUUAAGUCCU